AUGACGAAUGGUAGGAUCAUGGAACUUACUCGUAGCAAGUGCGUAGCUGGCCAAUUAGAGAAAGAAAACCGCUUUCCAACCGUACAGAUGAUCCACUUUUACCUAAAGCUCCUGCCGUCCAUUUCAAAGAAGAAACUAACAGCUGAAAUAUUAAAUGUAGACGUAAGCAAUUUGCUUGCCAAGUCAGGUGUUGAUGGUUCUGUACAAUUUGACUUCAAUAAUGUUACCGCACAAUUGGACUUUUAUGGUGUUGCCUGCAAUUUGACUUUUAUGUUAUAUUGGAAGUGCAAAUUCAAUGAACAAUUGCUGAAGAUGGGAGCUCUAGAUGUAUCUAAAGUUGUGCAAGGUCGCCAGGGAUGGCGUCUGAUUACGUGUAUCUGGCUCCAUGCCGGGGUUGUUCAUUUACUCAUCAACGUGCUUUGCCUUCUAUUUAUUGGUAUUCGACUUGAACAAGAAUUUGGGUUUGUGAGGAUUGGUCUUGUUUAUCUCAUUUCUGGUUUUGGUGGGAGCUUGAUGUCUGCUCUCUUCAUCCGAGCAAGUAUUUCCGUUGGUGCUUCUGGUGCUUUGUUUGGACUGAUUGGGUCGAUGCUUUCUGAACUCAUCACAAAUUGGUCACUCUAUGCAAAUAAGGUGGCAGCAUUACUAACCCUGGUACUUGUAAUCGUGGUGAACUUGGCCCUUGGGAUACUCCCCAGAGUAGAUAACUUUGCUCAUAUUGGGGGUCUUAUAUCUGGGUUCCUUCUUGGAUUUGUUGUCUUCAUUCGACCACAAUUUGCGUGGAUUAACCAGAGAAGAGUAGCACCUGGACCACAAGCUGCUCCUGCUGAACGCAAGCACAAGACGUAUCAAUAUAUAUUGUGGAUAGUUGCUGCUGUUCUGUUGAUUGUCGGGUUCACAGUGGCUAUAGUUCUGCUUUUCCGGGGAUAUAAUGCGAACGAUCACUGUUCUUGGUGCCAUUAUCUCAGUUGUGUUCCUACUAAAAAAUGGAAGUGCAACUCGUCACCGACAACAUGCACGGCAAUGCUACAGGGAAAUACCUUGAACUUGACAUGUGAAGGCAAAGGGAUAUACCGGAGCUACAUUGUGGCCGAAGCUACGCAAGAUGAAGAGAAUACUAUUUUAAUAGAAGGUUACUUAUGGAGGGAAAUAUUCAGUGUUGCAUAG